UGACAAAUUUGUAACAAUAUAAUACUGAUAAUCUGCUCAAGCUAUAUAGAGGUCAGAAGGUCAGAAGGACUCAGAAAAUUCUUCAUUGCUACAGCGCGCGAAUGCAACACAUCUUUGAGUGGCUUCUUCUACUAUCCAGCUGCAUAUUGGUCAAUUCACAGUGUAAUCUUAACGACCCGUAUGGCAAAUUAUUGUUAGAACUGCACAAUAGAAUUCGGCAAGGGAUUGCCAGAGGUAAAGCCAUGAUUGAUGGGGAAACAAUCGCGUUUGGUGGAAACGGAACAAGGAACUUGUUUGCUAUGUCCUAUGACUGUGUCCUUGUCGGUCUUGCCUAUGCAGUCAUCGCUGAUUGUAGGAUCAAUAAGGAAAUAAAGAUGGCUCUUGAUUUGGCUGUCAACGCUGCAAUGAUAAGAACAGGCACAACAAAAGCACAUGUAAGACAAGCAUACGUCUACGCAUUCGAGGAUUGGCUUGGUACGGCUUCAUUACCUCUCAGAGACGCAAUGUAUACCGAUGAGGCAAUUGAACCGUUUGCCAACAUGAUAUAUCACAAGUCAUUGAGGAUGGGAUGCGCACAUCAAAUCUGUGGCAGAUCUAAUAAUAAGCUGGCGAUUGCAUGCGCUUACAGCAAAAAGCCACAGCUUGCGGAACCUCUGUAUAACACGCAGUCUAGACCCAAAUGGGGCUGCACUAAACGGACUUGUAAAGCGGUAGUGUCGGAUAGUAUAUGCAACUCAAAUACCGGGCUGUGCGCUACAGAUGCGAAGUCGAUAGAUGGAAAUUUCAACAACACAACACAUCCAAAACAACAGCAUGAACGAUUCAAAAUGAUGCAGGAUACGAAGAACUACGCCUGAUUUCUACGAAUUUUUCUUGCUUGGUCUGACUUUCUGUUUAAGAGAUGAAGCUUUGGAAUCUGAAA